UAAAGUUUUGACCAUGGCCUUGAAAAGGAGACGGGCGACGUCCCCCUCUAGCAGUAUCGCUGUUUGUCAUGAACUCUACAACACAAUCAGAGAUUACAAGGACGACCACGGCAGGAUGCUGUGCGAGCUCUUCAUCAGAGCCCCCAAACGAAGGAAUCAACCAGACUAUUACCAUGUCGUAUCCCAGCCGAUCGACAUGAUGAAGAUCCAGCAGAAAUUAAAGAUGGAGGAGUAUGAUGAUGUGGAACAACUCACCAGUGACUUUCAGCUUUUAUUCAACAAUGCAAAAACCUAUUAUAAGUCAGAAAGUCCUGAAUACAGGGCAGCCUGCAAACUGUGGGACCUUUACCUGCGCACCAAAAAUGAGUUUGUGCAGCGGGGGGAUUACGAUGAGGAUGAGGAGGACGGAUACGAUGCUGCAGACAAUCCGGGAGGCUCCACUGAAGACGAGCAGAGUGCACCCACCACUUUGAAGGAGCUCCUUGAGCAGCUCCUCGAUGCUGUGGUGUCGUACUCUGAGCCCACCGGUCGCCUCGUCAGCGAACUGUUCCAGAAGCUUCCCUCCAAAAUGCAAUAUCCCGAUUAUUAUGCUAUCAUCAAGGAACCAAUAGAUCUGAAACUCAUUGCCCAAAAGAUUCAGUUGGGCCACUACCGGAGUGUCGCUGCCAUGGCGAAAGACAUUGACCUGCUGGUAAAGAAUGCCAAGACUUACAAUGAGCCUGGAUCACAAGUGUUCAAGGAUGCAAACACCAUCAAGAAGAUCUUUGCUCAGAAAAAGUCGGAGAUGGAACACGGGGAGCCAAUCAAGUCCAGCAUUCGUAUCCGAAAUAAACGAUCUGCUCAGGGAGAUCGCCUCUCCGCGAUCACCAUGGCUCUUCAGUAUGAGAGCGACGAGGAAGGCAUCCUGUCCGGAUCCGUCCACUACGACGAGGGAGAGUCUGAGGCAGAAAGCAUGACCUCCAACAUGGACAUGAGCAAUCCCAUCUUUCAGCUGUAUGAAGCUGUGCGGGGAGCCCGGAACAGUCAGGGCCAGCUGAUCUCUGAGCCUUUCCUGCAGCUGCCCUCCAGGAAAGACUAUCCUGACUACUACCACCAGAUCAGCCAGCCCAUCUGCCUGCAGCAGAUCAAGAACAAGAUGAAGAGCAACGAGUACGAGAGCGUUGAGCACGUCGACUCAGACCUGUCGCUGAUGUUCGAAAAUGCCAAACGGUACAACGUCCCUCACUCCUCCAUCUACAAGCGUGCACUCAAACUUCAGCACAUCCAGCAGAUGAAGAGAAAGGAGCUUCUACAGAGAGAUGAUGACGACGGAGACAGCAUGCUCUCAUCGGCCACCUCUGACACCAGCAGCACCAAAAGAAAAAGUCACAAGAAGAAUACGAAGAAAAAUCGAAUGAAAGCCCUCCUAGCCGCGGUGACCGAGGCGCGAGAAGCUGGCACCGGCCGACGGCUGUGUGACCUCUUCAUGGUCAAGCCCUCAAAGAAGGACUAUCCCGAUUACUACAAGGUCAUCCUGGAGCCCAUGGACCUCAGGACCAUCGAGUACAACAUCCGCUCAGACAAGUACAUGACCGAAGAUUCGAUGGUGGAAGACAUGAAGCUGAUGUUUCGCAAUGCACGGCACUACAAUGAGGAAGGGUCACAGGUCUACAAUGACGCUGACAUUCUGGAGAAGAUAAUGAAAGACCGCCGCAAAGAUCUGGGGCCUGCAGCUGAAGACGACGACGUGAUGUCCCCAAAGCUGAAAAUAAGAAAAAACAGCAUCACUCUGAAGAAGUCAAAAUACUUAACUCCUUUGCAGCAGAAGCUGAAUGAACUCUAUGAAGCGGUCAAGAAUUACACAGACAAACGCGGUCGUCGCCUCAGCACCAUCUUCUUGCGGCUGCCGUCUCGUGCCGAGCUGCCAGAUUACUACAUCGCCAUCAAGAAGCCCGUGGACAUGGAAAAGAUCAAAAGCCACAUGUUGGCCAAUAAGUACCAGGAUGUGGACGCCCUGGUGGAGGACUUGGUGCUCAUGUUCAACAAUGCCUGCACCUACAACGAGCCAGAGUCGCUGAUUUACCGGGAUGCCCUGCUGCUGCACAGGGUGCUUCUGGAGACGAGGCGCGACCUGGAGGGCGGAGACGACACCCACGUGCCCGACGUGCCCCGUCUCAUCCAGGAGCUCAUCCGCAGCCUCUUCGUCUCCGUGCUCGGUCACCAGGACGACGAGGGGCGCUGCUACAGCGACUCGCUCGCCGAGAUCCCCGCGGCCGAUCCCGCGAACCCCGAGAAGCCUCUCCUCAAUUUUGAGAUCAUCAGGAAGAAUGUCGAUCGCGGGCGCUACAAGAGGCUGGACGUGUUUCAGGACCACAUGUUUGAAGUGCUGGAAAAGGCCAGACGGUUAAACAGGACUGAUUCUGAGAUCUUUGAAGACGCGGUGGAACUGCAGCAGUUCUUCAUCCGCAUCCGGGAUGAGCUGUGCAAGAACGGAGAGAUCCUGAUGUCGCCCGCUCUCAGCUACACCUCGAGACAUCUGCACAACGACGUGGACAAGGAGAAGAAAGACAAGCUACCCAAGGAGUUUGAAGAAGACAAAAUCAAGAGAGAGGAGGAGAAAAGAGAAGCUGAAAAGAGGGAGGACCCCGUCGGGGGGUCAUGGCAGUCGAACCUUCAGCGCACAUACAGCCAGGACUGCAGCUUCAAAGACAGCAUGUACCAUGUGGGAGACUAUGUUUACGUGGAGCCUGCCGAGCCCAACCUGCAGCCACACAUCAUCUACAUAGAACGACUGUGGGAAGACGACACAGGGGAGAAAUGGCUGUAUGGCUGCUGGUUCUACAGGCCAAAUGAAACCUUUCAUUUAGCCACAAGAAAGUUCUUGGAGAAAGAAGUUUUCAAGAGCGACUAUUAUAACAAAGCUCCCGUGAGCAAGAUCCUGGGUAAAUGUGUGGUUAUGUUUGUGAAGGAGUACUUCAAGUUGCACCCAGAAGGCUUCAGGUCGGAGGACGUCUAUGUCUGCGAGUCGCGCUACUCUGCCAAGUCCAAGUCUUUUAAGAAGAUCAAACUCUGGGCCAUGCCCCUGAGCUCCGUCCGCUUCGUUCCCAGAGAGGUGCCGCUGCCCGUCGUCCGUGUGGCGUCCAUGUUUGCACCCAAGCAGGAGGAGAAGCCAGCAGAGAUUCUCGACGAAAGCAAAAUGACAGACGUCGUCGUUGACAAGCUUUGUUUGCAGGAGAGGGAGGACGUCCCGCUGGACAUGACCAACGGGGAACCCGGAUGUCAGUACUACGAGCAGCUCUGCUACAACAACCUGUGGCUGAAAGUGGGAGACUGCGUUUACAUCGGCUCCCAUGGACUAGUGCGCCAUCGAGUGGGCAGGAUUGAGAAAAUGUGGAUGCGCGAUGGAGCUGGCUACUUCUACGGUCCCAUCUUUAUCCAUCCUGAAGAAACGGAGCAUGAACCCACCAAGAUGUUCUACAAAAAGGAAGUGUUCCUGAGUAACCUGGAGGAGACGUGUCCAAUGACCUGCAUCGUAGGAAAAUGCAUCGUGUCGUCCUUCAAAGACUACUUGUCGUGUCGGCCCACUGAAGUGCCUGAAGAGAAUGUUCUGCUCUGCGAGAGUCGCUACAUUGAGAGCGAGAAGCAGAUGAAAAAGUUCAAGGGGCUGAAGCGCUUCUCGCUCUCUGGAAAGGUGGUGGAGGAUGAGCUCUACUAUUUUAGGAAGCUUAUCGUGCCCCAGAAGGAACCAUCGCCUCUGCUCGACAGGAAGAUUGAAGAACUGGAGGCGAAGUUUGCUGACAUGACCGACGAGGAGCUGGAGGACCUGGGGGAGGACGAUGGCGAGCUGGGAGACCAGUCUCUUCCACAGAUGCAGUCUUCCAUGUCUAGCGACAUGGAUAUUAUGCCUUACACUGCUCCACAGUCGACGCCCAAAUCCAUCAAGGGCCUUUCAAAGAAGGAAGGCUCAAAGCGGAAGAUCAACAUGAGCGGUUACAUCUUGUUCAGCAGCGAGAUGCGAGCGGUCAUCAAGGCCCAGCACCCAGACUUCUCCUUCGGGGAGUUGAGCCGUCUGGUUGGCACCGAGUGGAGGAAUCUGGAGAGUUCCAGAAAAGCAGAGUACGAAGAGCGAGCAGCUAAGGUGGCCGAGCAACAGGAGCGAGAGAGGGCCCAGCAUCAGACGUCCCCUAGAGCAGGUACCCCAGUAGGGGCACUGAUGGGGGUGGUGCCUCCCCCAACCCCCAUGGGGAUGCUAAAUCCCAGCAUGACGCCUGUGUCAGAAGGUAUGAUGGGUGCAUAUAGCCCGGCUAUGAUGCCCCUGCAGGCCCAUGUUGAAGGCAUGUUUAGUAUGAUUGGCAUAUCACCACAUCACAUAGCGAUGCCCGUGUUUCCCCAACACCUCCUGCUCGGUUUGCCUGGGUUCCCCGGAAUGCCGUACUUUGGUGUUAAUGGCAUGGGAGGUGGACACGGAGCAGGAAGCAUGCAUGGCUCUCAGAUGGGUCUGAUGGGCUCUGGGCAGCAGGCUCCACCACCGUACCCGGGUCAGGGCCAGUUGGGCCAACCUGCACUCCAGCAGCCCUCCACUCCAAUAUUUGUGACUCCACCAGCCAAGUCUCAGCGUCUGCUUCACUCGGAGGCGUACCUCCGAUACAUCGAGGGCCUUAACGCAGAGUCUGCUACUGUAAGCAAGUGGGACCACGCUCUCUCAGUUCAAAAACAAGAUGUGCGCUUGACAAAAGAGCAAGAGAGUCGACUACCAUCCCACUGGCUGAAGAGUAAGGGAGCACACAAAACGAUGGCGGACGCCCUGUGGAGACUGCGCGACCUGAUGCUGCGGGACACCCUGAACAUCCGUCAGAUGCACAACCUGUAGCAUGCCCACGGUGCGAGCCUCUGUCCUCCAACCUGUCAGACAGGAAGAGGGUUCAAGUCUCAAAAAAGUUUUCAUUUUGUGUUGUCGUUGAGAAAUAUAUUUGGAUUCAUACCAGCUGCUUUA